GCCUUGACCUACCAGGGAGAUUUCUCUUUGCAAUCUUGACUCUGAUGACGCUAAUUGCCAAUCUGGUGUUUAUAGAGGAAGCGGUCUACAUCUACAGGAAAAUCCCCUCCUCCAAAAGAUCAAUCAUAAUUUGGAUUAAUGCUGCAGCUCCAGUGAUCUCUACUACUUCAUGCAUUGGCAUGUGGAUUCCUCGAUCCACCAUGUUUCUGGAAUUUUCUUCCUCUCCUAGAUUUUUUGCCAUAGUUAUCCACAAGUUCCUGAUGAUGAUGAUUAAAGAGUGCGGAGGUAAAAAGAUGCUCCUCAGGCGGUUUGAAAACGCUCACUUCACCAUCAGCACUGGUCCCUGCUGCUGCUGUUGCCUUUGCCUCCCUCGUGUGCCCAUCACUAGGAGAACCCUCUUUUGGCUGAAGCUUGGCACCUUUCAGUUUGCUGUCUUACGACCCGUGCUUAUAUUUUUAUCAAUAGUGCUUUGGACUAAUGGGAAUUACGUCCUUUACAAUUUAUCUCCCAAAGGACCUGCGAUAUGGAUUAGCUGCUUCAUUGGUGUUCUCACCCUUAUUGCUCUGUGGGCAGUUGGAAUCAUGUUUCGAAAAGUUAGGAUUCUCCUUGCCUGUAAGAAGAUUAUCCCAAAGUUUGCUCUUUAUCAGUUUAUUGUAAUUCUGAACCACCUGCAGACUGCUAUUAUCAACAUGUUGGCCACACAAAAAAUCAUUCCCUGUGCUCCACCACUCUCCUCUACAGCAAGAGGAUCAUAUAUAGCCCAGCAGCUCCUCAUCAUGGAAAUGUUUCUGAUAACUGUAAUCUCAAGAAUGGUCUAUCGGAGAAAAUACCAUGACCUAGACCCUCCGGAGUGUCCGGCUGAAGAAGCAGGGGACAAGAAGCAGAGUCCUAAGAUUACCCUGAAUGGUGCAGUGGUUGAAGGUGGAUUGCCAAAGGUUUAG